AUGAUGAAUAAGAUAAACAACACUGCGACUGCAACAGAGAGAUCUGAUUUUGAUCUCGACCGUUUGGUUUCUGCUGCAACUGAGGCCGCUAAUUCAAACAGUAUCGAUGGCGUUGAGAUAUGUUUCGAAAUUCUGCAAUACCUGAAGAGUUUGAGUCUCAACAUCAAGGAUCUUCUUCGCUACUCUAAAACGAUACUUCCUUUGGAGAAUCUCAGAGAUCACAGGAACCCUAAGGUUCGACACGGAGCUAACGUCUUGUUCAAUUCCUGGACGAAGACUCUUUAUUCCCGCGGAAGAAACCCUUCUUCUUCUGAUGAUGAUGAUGAUGAUGAUGAUGAUGAUUGCAACAAAGCUAUUCCCCUGAAUCUGAAGAAAUCUGCAGAUGUUGUCAAACUAUGUUCCAAGUCGAAGAAGAAACAACAUCAGAUACCUGAGCUUUUGGGGUUGAAGAAGAAUGAAGAAGAUGAGACCAACGAGAUUGACCAAAAUCUGAACAAGGCUGAUGCUUGCAAGUCUGUUUCAACAAAAUCAAAGCCUCACAAGAUGAAGAAGCAGCCGCAUGUGGAAGUAUCUGAAAACCCUAAAUACUGUCCAGCCGUGAAGAAGAAUUCAACGGAGAUGUUGGAGCUGUUCGAAAUAGCAAAGAAAUCAGCAGAUGUGGCCAACACAAAGGGACUUCUCUUGGCCAAAGCAGAGACAUCAAUCUGCGUGGAAACUCUCUCUUUACUCAUGAGUUUCCCAAUCAGCUCUACAGCUACUGAUACUAGGCGGAUCAUGGAGAAGCUUGCAAAUCUCACAAGACACAAAGAUCGCAAAGUCUGCAACUCUGCAGCUACACUUCUUCAACAUUGGAGUCAGAGCAUCAGAGAUCAACAGCACAAAGAUGUCCGUAAAUCUCUCAAGGCUAAUGUCACCAGAUAA